AUGACCUCGCCAGAUGAGCGGAGCUUCUGGGAGCGGCACGAGAUCAAGUUCUACCAGUACGGCCAUGUGUACGCCCUGAUCUACGGCCAGGUGAUCAUCGACUACAUCCCCCAGCGGGCCCUGAAGCGCGGCAUCAAGGUGCUCCUCAUCCUGUGGGGCCACCUGUUCAGCCUGCUGCUGAUUGUGGUGCUGCCCGGCUACUUCUGCUACCACUUCCGCACCCUGACCGACACCCUGGACCGCCGCUUGCAGCUGCUCUUCUACGUGAGCUUCGCCAACACGGCCAUCAAGUACGCCACCGUGAUUGUGACCUAUGUGGCCAACACCGUGCACUUCGUGGCCAUCAACCAGCGCUGCACGCUGCAGCGGAUGCACCUGGAGCGGGAGUUCCAGAACGCUCCGCGGGAGCCGAAGAAACCCUUCGAGUUCUUCAUGUACUUCAAGUUCUGCCUGAUCAACCUGAUGAUGAUGAUCCAGGUGUGCGGCAUCUUCGCCCAGUACGGCGAGGGCGAGAAGGGUUCCGUGAGCCAGGUGCGGGUGCACUUCGCCAUCUACGCCUUCGUGCUGUGGAACUACACGGAGAACAUGGCGGACUACUGCUACUGGAUCAACGCCUCGGUGCUCAAGUACUACAGGCAGUUCAACCUGCAGUUGGCAGCGCUCAGGGAGGAGAUGGACCGGCUUAGGCCCGGCGGAAUGCUCCUCCAUCGCUGCUGCGAGCUCAGCGAUCGCCUGGAGGAGCUGAGGCGGCGGUGCCGGGAGAUCCACGAGCUGCAGAAGGACAGCUUCCGCAUGCACCAGUUCCAGCUGAUCGGCCUCAUGCUGAGCACGCUCAUCAACAACCUGACCAACUUCUACACCCUGUUCCACAUGCUGGCCAAGCAGUCGCUGGAGGAGGUCAGCUACCCGGUGAUCGUGGGCUCGGUCUACGCCACCGGCUUCUACAUAGACACCUACAUCGUGGCCCUGAUCAACGAGCACAUCAAGCUGGAGCUGGAGGGCGUGGCGCUGACCAUGCGGGGAUUCGCAGAGCCACCGGCGCAUGAUGAGCGGCUGACCAGGGAGAUAGAACACCUUUCCUUGGAGCUACUCAACUACCAACCGCCGAUGCUCUGCGGCCUUCUACACCUGGAUCGCCGAUUGGUAUACCUCAUCGCUGUCACCGCCUUCUCCUAUUUCAUAACUCUGGUGCAGUUUGAUCUCUAUUUGCGCAAGAAAUCCUAA